UUCCACUUGCUGAUGCGAGGGAGGGUCUUGCGGGGGGAGGGGAGACAUCACAACAAUCUCGGCGAGACCAUCACAAGACUAAGCUCUCUCAUCAGUCAGGACGAACUAGGGUUCCACUCGAUUGCAUCUAUCAAGAUUGCCGUAAUUUCGCUCCUUCACGCGAUGGCCGCUGUAACUGGGGGUCCGAGAAAUCGGAUGGGGCGAGAGGAGCUUGAGGAAGGGGAGAACCUUGUAUUUGAGACCAGUGCAGGUGUGGAGGUCAUUUCUAGCUUUGAUCAGAUGGGUAUCAGGGAGGACCUGUUGCGAGGUAUUUAUGCAUAUGGAUUUGAGAAACCGUCCGCUAUUCAGCAGCGAGCAGUGAUGCCUAUUAUAAGUGGUCGGGAUGCUAUCGCUCAAGCGCAGUCUGGCACAGGAAAAACCUCAAUGAUUGCCCUGGCUGUCUGUCAAAUGAUUGAUACUGCAACCCGUGAGGUGCAGGCCCUCAUAUUGUCACCCACCAGAGAGCUUGCUGCUCAAACGGAGAAAGUGAUCCUUGCUAUUGGUGACUUCAUGAACGUUCAAGCUCAUGCUUGCAUUGGAGGCAAGAGCAUUGGAGAAGAUAUCCGGAAGCUUGAGUAUGGUGUACAUGUGGUGUCUGGGACUCCUGGGCGAGUCUAUGAUAUGAUUAAGAGAAGGACGCUGAGGACUCGGUCAAUUAAGCUCCUGAUUCUGGAUGAAUCGGAUGAAAUGCUUAGCAGAGGUUUCAAGGAUCAGAUUUAUGAUGUUUAUCGAUAUCUACCCCCUGAAUUACAGGUUGUUUUAGUAUCAGCAACUCUGCCCCAUGAGAUUUUGGAGAUGACAAACAAGUUCAUGACGGAUCCUGUUCGAAUUCUGGUGAAACGUGAUGAGUUGACUUUGGAGGGAAUUAAACAGUUUUUUGUGGCCGUUGAGAGGGAAGAAUGGAAGUUCGAUACAUUGUGUGAUCUAUACGAUACACUUACAAUUACUCAGGCUGUAAUUUUCUGCAAUACCAAGCGGAAGGUCGACUGGCUAACAGAGAAAAUGAGAAGUAACAACUUUACUGUAUCUGCAAUGCAUGGUGACAUGCCCCAGAAAGAACGUGAUGCAAUCAUGGCUGAGUUCCGAUCUGGCACCACUCGGGUUCUGAUUACAACAGAUGUCUGGGCUCGUGGCCUCGAUGUACAACAGGUUUCUUUGGUUAUCAACUACGAUCUUCCCAACAACCGGGAGCUAUAUAUUCAUCGUAUUGGUCGCUCAGGACGAUUUGGGCGGAAGGGCGUGGCUAUUAAUUUUGUAAGAAGUGACGAUAUCCGAAUUUUACGAGAUAUAGAGCAGUAUUACAGCACUCAAAUUGAUGAAAUGCCAAUGAACGUAGCUGACUUGAUUUAAGGGGUCAGAGAGACGUAUUCGUUGCUCAAAAGAGGGGAUCCGUUUUUUCAGGAAUACAAGAAGUCAUCUGAUAUUGUAAAUUAGACUCCCAGAAAGCUUUAAUUAUAGUGAAAGAUUAGGACUCUUUUGAAAGCUUGUCUGUUUAAUUGACGGCAUUUCAACUUCUUGGUAUCGAAGUCACCACCGUCGUAGUGUUUUUCACUUACAAAAAAGAGAUCCUCUAAAGGCAAGCUGUUUCAAAAUCAUGCUCGCGAAAAUCGUAUUCUCUAAA